AUGCCACCAUGGUACUAUAUACCGUUUGGCGAUCCGAACAUCCAAGGCUUUCUGGAGAAAUAUAAAGUCCAGGUUAUCCCUGCUCUAAAACUGGUCAACGAUAAAGGCGAAGUACUGAGUGAAAGUGCAAGAGCUGACGUGGAAGGAUGCGUGAAAGGUGAUGCUACAGUAUGCUACAAAAAGUGGAAGGGUUUGUACUGA